AUGAAAACGUCAACAUCGUACAGCUUUUCGCACGCAAAGGCAAACGCGAGCGAGAAUACAAAUGAUAAUUGCAGCGGGGAUAAGUGCAGCGCCUCUGAAAAUAUCUUCACAAAUGCAGCCUCCGUAAUAUGGAUCGAAAAGGAGAAAUUAGAUUCCAUUAUUCACAUCCCCGUGUAUUCAGAUCUGUCCAAAUAUGUCUGCGACUUGAACAAACACCCGGUGAAGCAGAAGAAGGAGGAGGAGGCAGAGGGAGGAAUGCUCUCCAGGAUUUUCCUACUCUUUGAUGACAACAGUUGCAACAUUGCCCUUGACAUAUCGGCUAUAUACGAGUCGGACAACGGCAAAAUCCCUCUUCUGAUCUACGAGCGGUACUACUUCUGGAGCCUCCACUUUCUAUUCGAAAAAUCCAAAAUAAAAAGACAGAAGUUAAACAUCUACACAGAUACAAAUGGAAGAUGCAGAAUAAGCAAUAUUAACAAAUGCGAUGACGACGUGUAUAUGUACACCUCCAUUUAUAACUGUGCCUAUAAUCGAAAUGACAGUGAGAAGAACGUCGGGGUUACCAGUUACCCUGAGCUCGGCAGAAACAACUACAAAGACGUAAAUAAAGAAUUGGCCAUAUGUGACAAGGACUACAUCAAAUAUUUGUACCUUAGUGAUCUUAAAAAUAUUGCCAUGAUGGAGAGCACGACCAAAUCUGGGCAUUGUGGUGUCCAAGGUCGUGCUGGGCAUGGUGGAACACUUAGUAAAAAUUCUGGCGAUGCUUUUAAGGGGGGAGCCUCGAUAGGGAAUCCUCUUUUCGAAAAAGGCCUCUACCCCAACAAGGAAAUAAAAUGGUAUCGCUUGAAGAUGAAAAUUGAGAGCGUGGAGAAAAAGAACAAAAGCGAAAACAAAAAUUUUACCAAAGGUAAAGCAUUCCCCAUAAGUAGCCACCAUUUCAGCUUGAACAACUGCAAAAAAAAAAAAUACAAUAUCACUGGAAACAGAAAUGUCGACAUGUGCCACAAUAGGAACAGAGGCUUCACUUAUGAGCAGAAGAAUCUGAACAAUCCAAGAAAUUUUAAAAAAGAACCAUGCGAUCCCAUCUUUAACGCAAAUGCCCUCCACAGCAUUAGCCACUUCUCCCUUAUAGACAACGACACUACCAGGGAAAGCAUUAACAAUUUAAUUAAGAUACAGAAGAGGUCGUUUUCUAUGCUCAAACAGGAGAAUGAGAAAAAAUUGUUGGACAUCGCAAACGAUGAACGGUUACUCUUGUCCUCAAAUGGAAAGAGUGAAUCCGUCUUCGAUGUCCAUAAGAGGGAGAGCCUAAGUAGCUACGGAAACCACAUUGGAAAGAGGCGUAAAAAGAGCAAAUGGUUCUACUACAGAAGCAGUAGCAACGAAACGAACCUCGGCCUCGAUGACGGCGAUGGAAGCACGUCCAGGGGGAAUUCCGUCUGCGCGGUGAAUGGUGGAGUCGCCCACAUGGACAAUAAACGGAAAAGGCAGGAGGGGGAUUCUGGUUGUGAAUUUGGAGAUGGCCACAAAAAUGCGGAAGGAAGGGGGCAUGACAAGGGGGAUAUCCAACAGGGCCAAGAGCGGGACAACAGGCAGGAUGUCCCCUGCAGAAGUUUCAGCAGCUGCGACUCCGUGUGCACUCCAAGCAGAACACGCAGUGGAAACUCGAAGGGAGUCCAUUCCCCCAAGGGAAGGAAGCCCCCCGAUGGCUACACGCAUGAAGGUGCAGAGGAUAGUUUCACCAAUUCACGCAUACCUGCGGAUAGCAGGGCGUAUGUGAGAACGAUUCACGCAGGGGAAUCUGGCACAGAAUUCCACAGCUUCGAUGUUGAAGAAGAUGUGGAUGGAAUAGAGAGCGCUCCACUAGUAGCGAUAGACCCCUCUGAAAAAAAAAGGAACAGAGAAGAAAGAGAAGUAAAACAGAAUGAAUUGUUCAUUGAGGAGAUGAAAAAGAUGAAUUCUGGAGUGCUAACUCAGAACACGAAAGUGUACCAAGAAAAUAUUGACAAAUACAACUCUGAAUUUCAGAGUAUAAUAUCGGAGCCAUUUGAUCAAAAAGAGAGGAGAGAAAAAAUAAAAAAGAGAAGGGAUCAAAACAGAGAAAUACAAAUGAUGUACUUGAAUAAAAUUUUAAAAAGCAUGGUGAACAAAGAGAAGUCGCAUUUGAAUUGUCUGUCGAAGAACUUUAAACGAAUUGAAGGAUUCUACAAACAGAAUUACAAAAUAUAUAUUAUCGAAAGUAAGAGCGACCUAAAUUACAAGAAAAACUGUUUUAAGACUGACGUGCACGUGUAUGAUUUAUUCGCCCCAUCAGGUGACAACAUCAGUAAAGAGGUAAACAUAUUGGAUGAGUUUAAAAUGUACCUGCGUAGGUGCAAGGGGGAAUAUCGCCCUAGGAAGUACCAAACACACAUUACCACAGGGGAUAGGAAGUCAAUGGACGGAGGAAAAAGCGGAGUCGACUUUCAAAGGGAAUGUACCUGGACAGAGAUGAAGGAGCAUUCGAAGGAGAAUGGCCCCGAUGAUAACCACGAGAGGGAAAAUGAACAGAAGGAUACUCCAAUGAAGAACAGUUUAACAAAGAUGAUUCCAAAGGGAAGAGCAGUUCCAGCAGAUGGAGAAGGAGAAGGAGAAGGAGGAAGAGGAGGGGGAGGUGAACUGGCUGAAGCAGGAGCAACGGUGGAAUUAACAGUAAAAGUGGAAGAACCUUAUAGCGGUUCAUCACAAAGGGAAGUCAUAAAGACGAAUUUGACAAACCAGACCCCACCCGAAGAUGGAAUCAUAUUUUAUGCCCACAAUAAGAAUAAUACAAGUAACGUAAAAGAAAUAAAGGAAGGAGACAUUCUUUACAUAAAAUUUGACAACACAUCUGAUGAUUAUGAUAAAAUUAGGAUAGUAAAAAAGGAAGACCUACUUCAAAUACUUAUUUUCCUAAUGAGGAAUCAAGAGUGUCUAAAACUGUCAAACAUAUCUACCUAUUCUCCCGACCUGCUCUGGAACCUAUCGGUGCAUUUCAAAAAUAACACAUACGACAUGGAGUCAAAUCUUGAAAAAAUGUAUAAUCAUUUUUGUAGGAGAUAUGAGGUGAUCUCUCCUGAUGGGGGACUCAGCUCAGAUCCCCACCUGGAGUUCGCACCCGUGGUGCAACGAGGGCAUGUUCGGCAAUUCCAUUCGUCGUUUGACCAACCGUCCCAUUUACCGUUUCAUUCACCUUUCGAUUCGCCUUUCGAUUCGCGACUGGUUGAACAAGCAGACCGCCAACCGGGUUUCUCACCCGAAUGGUCCUCCGAGAAUCUCUCCGAUUGCUCUUCCGUGACAGUGUCCGAAUCUACUGCGAAAGCCACAAAGGGGGCGCGGAAAUUCAAAAGCACAAAGGGAGUCAAGCGAGAAAGCCUCAAGGAAAUAGAAACCAUGAAGCUCAAGGACUAUGUAUCCUUCCUGGAUAAAUUUCUACAAAAUGUGAAUGAAGUUAAGCUAAAGAGACUUAAAAGCAUAAAAACAGAAUAUUAUGAAAAGUACGAAUUCGACCGGACCAUAAAUAAGCUAAAUAGGCAACAGUUGCUCGAUUUAUUUGUUGAUAAAAAAAACGAAGUGAAUACAAUUCCUCUUUCUUUUUUAAAAGAGAAAAGUAGAAAUAUCAUAUAUGAGGAAAACAUUAAAAUGAAUAUGUUCGCAUGUAUCAAAAUAAUAUUUGAUGAUGUUAAGGGAAGAUGCAUCUACGCAGCUAGCGAUUUGAACAAAUUCGACUUUGUCUUUGAAUAUGUGGGAGAGUUACUCACACAUAAUGAAGCAAUGGAACGGGAACGAAAAUAUAAUAAAAAUAAUAAAAAAGGAUGUUAUAUGUUCUACUUUAAACAUGAAAAUAAAAGGUAUUGUAUUGAUGGCACGGAGGAAAAUAUCGAAGCCGCAAUCAAUAACAAAGACAAAAAGUACUUCCUGAGAUCCUUCGCUAGACUUGUUAAUCACUCCAAGAAAAACUCCAACCUCAUUCCAAAGGUACUCACCGUUGCCAGCCAACCUCGACUCUUCUUCGUUGCCGCUCGAAACAUCAAGGAGGGCGAGGAGCUCCUCAUCGACUAUGGCGAGCGCGACAGGGAGAUCAUCAAGAAUAAUGAGUGGCUCAAGUGCUGA